AUGGGAAGGAGUGGGCUCGACUGGUUUCUAAAUGACCCACCCAUAGGUCGCAGCUGGUGCCUUAUGAAGGACAUUACAUUUACCACCUUGAAUCAGGUAUUUCUGGGCAACGUCAAACAGCUAAUACGGCAAGGAAAAUAUAAGGACAAGAUCCAGCUCCAAAACUCCCAGGCUCUGAAUCCCGGUACACCAAGGGGUCUGGUCCAGAAAUUGUGUUGCAAAUCCAGUUGCAUCUGGGUCGAAGAGGAAAAGAGGGGAAGAGACAACUAAAGCCCAAUUCAUUCCUCAUAAAAACAGAUGAGAACGGUUUAACGUAUGUUGUUUGUAGCCUGUUUAUGUUUUUUUUUUUAUUUGCACUCGCAAUUUGGCUACUAGAAAACAAUAUUACAACAACACAUUCACUCUCAGAUACGCCAAUCUCGCAUAUAACGAGGCCACAAAGAAUCAUCUGGACGCAAGGGAGAGGGGCAGGGAGUCCAAGAGGGGAUUCAUGUUCGAGCAGCCAGGGAAUCCACUAUGCCCGGUGGCAUCACUAGAGAAAUAUCUAUCGAAAUGCCCGGAGAAUGCCCCUGCAUUUCAUCUCCACCCAAGAAGAGGAGAGUGUAUCAGGGACUGGUACAUGUCAGAACCGAUGGGCGUGGAACUAUGUGGCAGCACUGCUACCCAAGAUCUGCAGGGC